AUGGGCAGAGUAAUGUUGUGGUUUCUUGUUUCCUUGUAUCUAUGCCUCAUUGUCCAUAUGAUUGAGGCUGCAAGAGAAGGUGCGUUCAUGAAAAACGAAGCAGGGUCCAAUGAGAUGGGAAAGAGUAAUCGACACGUAACAAGAUUUAAGGGUCAACUCACAGCUGGUGGAUAUGGCGGAGGUGACCCAGGCUAUGGAGGUGGAUACGGGACAGGUGGUGGUGGUGGUGGUGUUGUGAUCGGUGGUGGAGGUGGGUUUGGGUCCGGCGGUGGUUUGGGUUGGAAUGGAGGCAACAGCGGAGGCGGUCCAGGAUACGGGUCAGGUGGUAUUGGUGGUGGAGUCAUCAUUGGCGGCGGUGGUGGUGGGUGUGGUGGUUCAUGUGUUGGUGGCGGGUGUGGCGGUUCAUGUGUUGGUGGUGGUGGUGGUGGAUAUGGACACAAUGGAGUUAGCAUGAAGGGAUCAGGCAAAAACUAG